GAUCCUUCGAGCUCUUCUGCUUUUUCCUUCGUACGUAUGAACGGUGUCGCGGUCUUCAACAAUUGCGAUACUAUUCAUCCCCGAAUUUUCUGCUGUGCGAGAUUGCGAAAUGUUACAAUGUUCGAGUAGAUUUUUCACAAUCAUCAACAUUUGACAUCAGGCCGGUGUCGUAAAACAGCAGGUCCGACAUGGCGCAACGAGACAAUCCAAAACUUGUUGCUCUGGCCGAAUUAGCUUACCUCAGGCGCCUGCAAAAAUAUCAAAGACGGAAGAGCGAGCACAUUGAGCACCAACUCCACUGGCUGAAGAUAUCUUGCGAGGCUCGGAGCCGGAUUCUGCAUAGCGCAAAGGACGUACAGCAUGAACUCACCGAGUCAAUUCAGUCUGGGAACAGGACCAGAUUCUCUUUGCUCUACCAUACUUUUCGUACGCUCCAGCAGGCAUGUGACGAGUGGGAUACGCAAUCCUCUGCGUCGGAGGCCGCAAAUAAUGUCUCUCCCAGUGGAUCAUUUCUUGACAGGGUAUCGGCGGAUGCCAGGACCUCUCUCUUGGCUUUUCUUUCACGCCUUUCCUUUGACCCCAUAUUUUUGCUCGACCGUUUGCUAGGACUCUCAGAUUCUGAUUUUGCAAUUCUAUCCAGGCCAUAUUCUCAAUCCCCCGGCGGACAGUCGAUUUUUGGAAGUCCAACAAGGAGGACACCGGAUGAUAUAGAGCAUGCCAGUGUCAGAAAUUUCCUGGACUUUUCCCGGUCCGAUCUCCUGAGCUUGCUGCUUCGCCUCAUUCCUGAGGAUGGAGAUGUCCAGGGUGGCCCGUUUUCUAGUGCUUGGGGCUUCAUCUGCGCUGGUCUACUGUCUCAUCAAAAGCCUGGUAGCGACAGAUUCGUGAUCAUGGUUAUGAAUGCACACCUGGGACGAUUAGAGAAGACAGCGCACCACUGUAUGGAGAACUGGCUCUUGGAGACGCUCAAGGACGGUGACUUCCUCCUGUACCAAAGCGAGAGACGCCCCAUUCGGACGAAAGUCCAACCAACCUCAGGCCAUCCUGGCGAUGACCCUAGCGCAGUAGAAGAGUUCUUUUCUAGAGCCAUUUCAAAACUGCUCAAACUCCUAAAGGACAACAAGCUAACAUCGAUCGUUCCAUCCAGCAUUUCAAAUCUAGGAAAGUCAAUUGUAGCUCGACUAGAACAAUCUUCUCAACAGCAGCAAGCAGCGCCAUACUUCCUUUGCACGCGUUGGCUCUUUGCAUCAUACUUAGCUACUUUAAUCACGAGUCCGGAGAGCUAUGGUCUCCUUCUCUCGCAUCACAUCUCUUCAACUGCACGGCAGCGAAUACUACAAGAAUUAGCACAUCGUGCCCGUCAAAUCAUGGAAGGUGUUGCCUAUACAUGGAAACAAACUUCUCCCAUUCGGCCCAACAUUGUGGCAGACAUCGAAAGUGUCGUAGAUCUGUUUCGCAUUUGCCCACCGGAAACUGGCCUGAACAUUAAUUUGAACAAAUCGGGAAUCGAUAAAACGCGGAGUAAGAGUACCAAGCGGAAGCAAAUCACUCUCUGCGCCUCGGAGGUUAUCCAUGCAAUCCGUGCGCUCUAUCCCGAGAAUGGAUGCGAUGUAUCUCAAGAUUUCCAUUGCACUGGCGGCUCGCCUCUCAAAUCCUCCGCGUCCUCGGUCUCUGGUCUAUCCUUAUUUCGGACGAUGUCUCCUUCAGAAUUUCUGUCCCCGAGAAGUGGCCAUUGUGAUUCUGUAUCGGAGGUAGGUACUUCUAUGAAGUUGCCUUUUGUGACUUCUGCUCCUAUGGCAGCCUUUCCAAAUCCUGAAUACGAGACCAAAGGAACAGACACUUGUCUCCAUGGGCUCCGAGAAGCAUUUGUUGAACUGUCAAAUUCCAUCGGAUGCGUCCCGGGCUGUGGAAGCCUGGAUCUGUUCUCCGAGCAAUGGACAAGUCUCGAGUCAUUUGUUGACAAUGACACAAUUUCCUGGAUUGAUGGUGCGAGCUCCCACAGUGACUGGACUAACGCCCAGGCUAAUGUUGGUGGUCACAUUCGUCCGGAACUCUCCUUGGAUCCUGUGACCUUCAACUUUGUCAGCACAGGCAUACAUAGUCUGCUCGAUGGACAACUUCCAACGACGAUUCCACAUCAUGCUAUCACCUCUCCCGAGAUUGGCUCGUCACACAUUACUCUAGUGGGCCGCUUCGAAGAUGCAAGAGCAAGUUGUUACCACCAAGGAGAUUUUGCGAAAGCACAUCUGUUCUUCCGAUUGGCAAAAACCACCACAUCUCUAUCUCCCGAAACAAUAGAACGUAUCAUGCAAGCCGUCGCUCAUGACUUUCAGCGAUCCAUUGACAGGUAUCGAACCAUUGUCCAGGAGGCCGGAAACCAAAUCGAGAAACACAGCGAGGAUAUUGACUUCCAGCGAGCCAGCAUCAAAUCCGUCUCAGAUACUAACGAUCGUCUACGGGAGAAGAUGUGGUACGUUUCUGAUAUUCAACGAGCAAGUCAUUACGAAGACCUGCGUAAGAUCGUAGCAGCUCUGCGUGUCAUGGCGACAUCAUCUCGGCCAAAGCUUGAGAAGAGACAACCUCUCCUCAGGCAUCGAAGCGCCUCCAAAUCCUUGAACCACAACAUGCAGCUCAAAGCCGAAGCAGCGACUCUCGAGCUUCUGUCGGUACCGGUAGCAAAAGGCGGCACAAACAAACUCAGUGACAUUCAGGUGGACAUGACGUUACGCUGGAUGCAGUCGCAUGGAGUAGAAAGGGUGUGCAGAGCAGAAGAACGGAUACACCGGUUCUGUUCUGAGCUCACCAGGUGUUUAGACCAGUUCGUCGGCCAAAGUGUUAUUGAGAAUCCAAUACUGUGGUCCAGCGAGCUUUUCCAGGACCAAAAGCCAUUGUCUGGACAAAUCAACGGUAGAGCGGAUACACCAGGCUCUGAUCGCUGCGCUUUGGAACAACUUCGACUCAUGUAUCGAAGGACUGCGCCAAGUAUUUACGAAGCCCGUUCAUCACAUCAAUGGGGUCGAGUCAAUACUCCAUCUCGGACAGCCAUGUAUCCUGAUUUUGUUACAAGAAGCAUGAGUCCAAAGUCUGUCACGCAUGACUAUUUUGGCUGCAGAAGUCCAACUCUCACCCACAAGUCUUCCGGCACGUUGUGGUCCACCUUCAGCGCAGGUCCCCAGUCUCCUUCCAGUGCUACGAGCUUUCCUUCGAGAGCCUUGUCUCCGAUAUCGACUGGACGGCCACUUUCUCGACACUCGCACUUGCAGCAAAGUCAAGCUUCAUUCUUGGAAGAGCUCAAGCAGAACUUGACCAGCUUACUGCUGAGCGACUUUCACGACCUCUUUCGAUCAGGCAGUGAGACAGACAAGGCUAUGCGUAAAACAAUGAAGCUCAGGAUGCCGUUACAAAUCGUUGUACCAGAUGCCAUGGACUACGAAACCAGCGCCGCACAACCCUCCUUUGACUUUGAUCAGGCUUUCCGGAUGCUAUUGAGACGCUUUGAGCUGCAGGCAAGCCCAUAUGCUAAACUCGAUGCUCUUCUUGAACUUCAAGACAUGCUCAAAGCACAUCGCACAGACCUUGGACUUGAAGGCGAACAUGAGCCUCUUGGUCCAAGUGGCACCCUGUUCUCCCAACGUAGGCUCAGUCUCAGAAUCGACACUUUCGCCACACCACGAACGAUGGCAGGUCACGACAAUACGAUACUCAGUUUCCGUGAACUAUUCCAAAAUCAACAACUACGACCAAAGACGCUCUUCCGCGAUUUACAAUAUAUCGCUUCACUUGUCCCUCUCAACGUACUUGACAACACACCUCGCGGUCGUGCAUUUUGGAACGCCACCAUCGCCGCUUUGGAUCUGAAGGAAGGAAUCUGUCAAGGCAUGAUCGAGACUGCUGAUCAAAUAAUCCACCAUCAUACUUUCAACCGCGGUCACUCACAUGUGACUUCCGCAGCACAGGCCGAACGCGAUGCUGCUGCCUUCUCACCCUCUACACCUCAACAUAGCGAUCCUUCAAUCGCAGAUCUCAGUAUGAGCGAUGCAGCAACGCUGCUCCAACUCACGGCUAAAGAAGGGAUUCCCGCAGCUCAGCGCGAGCUCGCUACACUCUACCUCACACAUCCUGAGUUGUUGGGUAUCUGCCUCUCACCUUUCUCGAAAUUGAGAGAUGUUUUUAAGGAUGUUGAAAAAGACCGGGAGCAGUUAAGUGAGAGAUAUGAUCCUGUUGCUAUGGCCGUGGCGCGACAUUGGAUGGAGCUGAGUGCGAAGGGUGGAGAUGGGCCUGCUGCGAGAUACUUGAGGGCCAAGGAUGAGUUUGACAGAAUACCUUGAGUAUUCGGGUGUUAUAUGACGGUGGUUUGAAGUUGCGUAUAGCGUUGUGUUGCCGGUCGACCUCGCUACUAAUUGAUCUCUCCAUUCUCAUCAUAUCGGAUCUUGUGGUAUCAGAAUUACGAAGUCUUUUUGCAUCGCUUCUUCCUUGACUACUGA